GACACAAAGGACGUUUGGCCGGCCUCUUUGUUAGGACUUCAUGUCUGUAUUUUUCCCCAUUCACUGCCCUGAUUAUUUGAGAUCAGCUGACAUGACUGAGGUGAUGAGCGCUCCAUCUAUGGACGAGAUUGGCCUAAGCCCUCGCAAAGAUGGCAUAUCCUAUCAGAUUUUCCCUGACCCUUCUGACUUUGAUCGCUACUGUAAGCUGAAGGACCGCCUCCCUUCCAUUGUGGUAGAGCCAACAGAAGGAGAUGUGGAGAGUGGAGAGCUAAGAUGGCCACCUGAGGAGUUCCUGGUCCAGGAAGAAGAAGAAAACUGUGAUGAAGCGAAGAAAGAGAGCAAGGAGCAAUAAAUGGCACUGAAUCUUCUGUACUAAUUCAAAUGCUGUGUCAUCUUGACGGGGAGAACCACAACUGUUCUGAAGAGUCUUUUUCUACAAAAGACAUUCAGUUUUGCACCUGCAAGAUCUUAGUUUUCGUUUUGUUUUUUUCAUAUUCUCUAUUGAGAACUGAAGUGCUUGAUGUGACAAUCUCCAGCUGAAACUAAGGAAGAAAGUUGGGCAGCGGGGACAAAAACGGCCGCUCUUCUUAAGAGUCACUGUUGAAUUUUGUUGAGGGUUACGAGGGUGCAGCAGUGAAAUAGCAAGGUGCUUUAGUGGAGGAUUAGUCAGGAGGGAAACCAUGUUGUUGUAGGUGAGGCAGAAGAAGUAAAAGCCCAAGCGUAAAAUGCAGCUGCUUUUCUGAAAGGAAUUGCCUCUGGCUACAAAACCAUGAGAAUAGUAUUCAUCUCUAAAACUUGCCUUCAAAUAGUGCUUCUGUUUUGCGUGUGUGUGUUUGGGGGUCGGGAGACGGGCAGUAUG